UAUGACAUCUGAAGCAAAUUACAUUCUUUCUUAUUCAUUUCCGGGUGUCUGCUCGAAAUCUUCAUGAAUUUUCUUUAGGCCAUAUAAAUACAUCUACACUACAAUAGUAUUCGGCUAUGGCAGAUGGAAGGCUUGUCAAGAUGGAGGAGGACUACAGUGACACUGUAGAUAAAAGACUGCCUGAGUGUACAGAAAUGGCACAGAAUGGUCGUCUCCAUGACGCUUUAGAGAGUCUACUGUCAUUGGAAAAAACAACGAGAACGGCUAACGACUCAAUAUCAACAGGGCGUGUGAUGAAGGCCAUAGUGCAGCUAUGCUUCGACACUCAAGAGUGGGACACCUUGAAUGAGCAUAUAUUGAUCCUCACCAAGAGAAGAAAUCAGCUUAAAACUGCUGUGGCGGCGAUGGUGGAGGAGUGCUGCAAGUUUGUGGACCAGACGCCCAACCUAGACACAAAGCUGAAGCUCAUUGACACACUUAGGACUGUGUCAGAAGGGAAGAUCUACGUUGAGGUUCCUCGAGCCCGGCUGACGAUGGAACUGGCCAAAAUCAAGGAGGAGAAUGGAGAGGUGGCUGAGGCAGCAGCAAUACUGCAAGAGUUGCAGGUUGAAACAUUUGGGUCAAUGGAGAAAGUAGAAAAGGUUCGAUUCAUCCUGGAACAGAUGAGGCUCUGUCUGGCAAAGAAGGACUACAUCAGAACUCAAAUCAUCAGCAAGAAGAUAAGCACAAAGUUCUUCGCUGAUGAGAAUGAUGUUCAGCAGGAGCUGAAGCUCAAGUAUUACCAGCUGAUGAUCGAGUUGUGCUCACAUGACGGCGAUUACCUGGCCAUUUGUAAGCAUUAUCGAGCUGUGUUCAACACUCCGCAGGUCCAGAGGGAGGAUUCUCACUGGCAAGAGGCACUAAAAAGUAUCGUACUGUAUGUCCUUCUGGCUCCAUUUGACAACGAACAGUCUGACCUCAAGCACCGCAUCUACGAGGAAAAGCAGUUGGAGCAGAUUCCAUUGUACAAGGAGGUGUUAGAGUGCUUCAGACGUGAGGAACUGCUGGAUUGGUCAGAUUUCCAGGCACAGUAUGGCCCUAGUCUGAGGAUAGGGGGUCCUGACCUUCCCCCCACACUCACUUUUCAACCAGGUGACGAGAUUGCAGAGAAAAGGUGGGAGGACUUUAGGAAGAGAGUCAUCGAACAUAAUAUCCGUGUUAUAGCCAAGUACUACUCUCGAAUUAGAAUGCAGCGACUUUCAGAGCUUUUGGCACUAUCUAUUGAUGAAGUUGAGGAAUUUCUCUCUCAGUUAGUUACUAAGAAGACGAUAUUUGCCCGAAUCGAUAGACCAGCUGGCAUUGUCACUUUCCGAGAAUCAAAAGAUCCGAACGAUGUAUUGAAUGAGUGGUCCACUAGUCUCUCUUCUCUGAUGUCUCUAGUGAGCAAGACAACUCACCUCAUUAACAAGGAGGAAAUGAUCCAUGCGAUUGUCAAAUAGGGUAUCGAACUUAUUAAUGCAUUGAACUAUGACUUACAUGGGUAUGUUAAUCAAUAUUUUAUCAUGAAUGGUAUAUAAAUGCUCUUCAAUGGA